AUGUCAAAGCUUUACAAGUCGCAGACGCAGCAGGGCCAUUCGCGGGGGUUCUUUGAGUAUAUUCGCAGCGUGGGGGAGUCCAAGUCCAAGCAGGAGGAAGACGUGAUCGUCCGGCGUGACCUCGCUGACCUAAAAAAGGCCCUGUCCUCAAACAACAUUGACAAGCGACUUCUGAAGGAGUACGUUGUGCGCGUCUUCUAUGCGGAGAUGCUUGGCGUCUCUGCGGAGUUUGCCCACAUUCACUGCGUGAACCUUUCCUCGAGUCCUGACCUCCUUUUUAAGCGGACCGGUUACCUCGGCACGUGGCUGACGGUGGGGCCCGAGCACGAGCUCAUGUACCUCAUUGUUUCCAACCUGCGGCGUGACAUGAAAUCCAGCUCCUUCCUCGACAUCGCUGCCGCACUAACGGCUGCCUCGAAGCUCGUGCGCCCCGAAUUGAUGAGUGCCAUAAACACUGAGGUAGUGGGGCUGCUGGGUCACCCCAACGCACUGGUGAGAAAGAAGGCGGUGACCGUUAUGCAAGCCUUCUACAGAAAGUCCGAGGGUCUUAUUGGGGAUAUAAAACUCUUCCGUCAGGCAUUAUGCGAUCGUGACCCAUCCGUCAUGGGGGCGGCACUUCCACUCUUUGCAGACGUCAUUUCUGCGGACCCUGCUUCGCAGCGCGAUCUCAUUCCAACUUUCCUGUCUAUUCUUAAACAGAUUGGCGGGCACCGGCUGCCUCGGGAGUACGAUUACCAUCGCAUUCCCGCUCCAUGGUUUCAGAUGAAAAUUUUGCAGAUACUUGCAAUGCUUAUUGGUGACAAUCCAUCACUUGCUUAUAAGUGCGAAGAGGCCUUGACGGAAGUUAUCACACGGGCGGACAAUGAACUUAAUAUUGGUUAUGCCGUCAUGUGUGAAGCCAUCCGCGUUAUUACCCGCAUUCCCACCAUUCCAGCUCUUGUGGAGCUUGCGGCAGAGGCCAUUGCAAAAUUUCUUUCCGGAAAGAACGCUAAUCUGCGCUAUGUAGGUAUUCAGGCCCUUUCACAGCUUGUCCGACUUGACCCAAAAUACGCUCGUGAGCAUCAGCAGGUUGUUAUGGCUUGUCUAGAAGAUGCGGAUGACACAAUACGUCGAAAAACCAUGCUGCUUCUUCUUGCCAUGUGCAAUGAGGACAAUGUAGACACCAUUGUAACGCGACUUGUGAAGUCGCUUUCGCAGUCGACAGACAAGUAUGUUAGACAAGAUUUCACACGUCGCAUAUGCGAUGCGGUGGAUCGAUUUAGCCCCGAGGCGGUGUGGUACAUUGACACAAUGAAUAAAUUGCUACUAUGCGCUGCCGAGCAUGUCCCUCAGAACACCAUUCAGGGGAUUUUGAAACUUGUCGUGGAAGGCGAGGGUGAGGAUGGAGCAAAGGAUGCGGCUUUCCGUACGUUUUGUGUUGAAACUUACUUUGACCUUCUUGAGGGGUCACAGAAAAAGUUACCGGAGGCCAUCUCUCGCGUUGCCGCAUGGGUGAUGGGUGAGUAUGGGUUUCUAACAAAGCGAAUAAGCAGCACCAUGUUAUUAGAUCGGCUGUGCGAUAUGCUAGAACGGGCCGAGAGCGCCGACACACGAGGAUGGAUUAUUAUGGCCAUGAUGAAGAUUGUUGCUCACAUCGGUGUCAUGCCUGAUAACGUUGAGGAGCUUAUUGCCCGCUUCAAGGAUAGCCGCAGUGUGGCGAUACAGCAACGCUGCUACGAGUUCAGUGAACUUGUGAAGGUGCCGGUGUUGAUGAAGAGGCUGCUGCCGCUGGACGGCUGCUGCGAGGAAAUUGACGUGGAUGAGUCCAUGGGGUUUCUGGAUGGCAUUGUGCAGGAGGCCUUGUUGGCCGGCGCCAGGCCGUACGAAAAGCGGACAGUGCGCCUCGGGGUGAAGGAGGAGGAAACACUCCGCACCGACGCGUACAAGGCGUUGUGCACGGAUGCCGUUGAUAAAAGUAAGCUCGAUCGGGAGGACUUCGAGACGGAGGAUCCGCACAAACUUGUCAUUCGGCCAACCGUAAGGCGGUGGGGGCUAAAAAAUCUUGAGGAGAACGCAACGGCGCUGAAGGAACACCCCGCCGGCAGCCCCAAGGCGUCGACGGCAGCUGCCUCUGUGGAGCAUUUUCCUGACGGACUUGUCCUGCAUCACGUGGACCCGUUUGCAUCUUCGCCAUUGUCGUCGCCCUCACCGUCGCCCCAGCCCGCCUCACGUGAAGGUAUGAAGCCAAGCAAAAAUGAAAAGUUUUUAAAUGACAUUUUUAGCGGUGGCACAAAAAAGAAAUCGACUGUGCGACGUCGGAAGGAGUCGGCGGAGUCUAUGGCGCACGCUGGGAAGGUCUCUGAAGAAGCCCUUGCUGCGGGCCCCAUAAUUGGCAUUUAUAUGGGGUACAUCAGGGACUCGACAACAACGGGAGUUCUGCUGCGGAUCACCGCGAAAGUGGAGGUGGAGAAUGUUAAGGUUUCCUUCAAUGCUCCACCAAACUGCACGCUCCGCACGAUUUCUUGCUCCGCGGCAUCCGCCACAGUGAAUGGAGCCGUGACUUCGUUGGCCCAGCUGCCGGCAAAUCAACCGGUUGAAUUGGGUGUGCAACUGGUGCCUGUUGGAUUUCCGAAGAAGGGUUGUGUAAGCGUAGAUGUUGCGUACCGUAGUGACGUUCCAGACGACCCACAGCGUGUCUCGGCGUCAAGGGAGUUUGGUGCCAAAGAAGUUCUCCGUCCACCAGCGCCGAUGACAACGCCGGAGUUUGGUGAAAAGUGGGUCGGACUCAGUGAGGAGUGCAAGCUGCAGAUGAGCUCUGCCACUCCCUUGACGCCGCAAUCGCUACAGCAGCUGCUGAUGGAGCGAGCAUCGCUGCGUGUGGUGGAGGUGAUCCGCAGUGAAAUUAUUGCGGCUGCCGAGAUUAUUAGCACGCGGAAGCUACUCUUGUGCCAUGUCGAUGUCGUGGCUCCCAACGCCGCCAACGUGACGGUACGGGCAGAUGACAAGGACUUCGCGGAAUACGUGGCGCACACCAUAUCCGCAGCAUAG